AUGGCCGCGCCGAGCCAUCUCCUGUCGCUCUUCUUGGGGCUCCUGGCGGGGAGCCUCGUAGCCGAGGCGACCUACUACCGGCCCCACCGCUACUUCCCGCAUUACAUCCGCUUCCGCCAGCUGCCCUCCAACAUGGAGAACCAAAUCCCGGAGGUGGUGAACCCGCCGCCGCGCGCAGCAGCCCCGCAUCCCGGCGUGCCGAGGCACCCCAUCAUCCCGCACGUCCUCCACCCGAGACCCGAAGACAUCCAGUCCUUACCGGAGGUUUUCCACCGGCAGCCCGAAGUCGCCCAUCCGGCGCCCGAGUCUUACCACCGGGCGGCGCCUCCAGCGCUCCCCGCCCCCCGGGUCUUCCACGGCAUCAUGUUUGACGCGGGAAGCACCGGCACCAGAAUCCACAUUUAUAAAUUCAUUCAAAAAGACCCAGUUGAGCUGCCAGUUCUGGACAAUGAAAUGUACCAUGCAGUGAAACCUGGUCUCUCUGCUUAUAAAGACAACCCUGAGGAGGGCGGCAACACGGUGCGUCAAUUGCUGAAGAUAGCCAAAAAGACCGUGCCAGAGGAGGAAUGGAAGAGGACCCCGGUUGUCCUGAAGGCCACGGCGGGUCUGCGCCUGCUGCCCGAGGACAAGGCCAACGCUCUUCUGAACGAGGUGCGGCAUGUUUUUGAGGAGUCUCCCUUCUACGUGCCAAGUAACAGCGUCACUAUUAUGAAUGGAACAAAUGAAGGAGUUCUGGCUUGGGUCACGGUCAAUUUCCUCACAGGCCACUUGUAUUCCAAUACAAAGAGGACAGUAGGCAUCCUGGACUUGGGAGGCGGCUCGACACAGAUCACCUUCCUUCCAAAGUCAAAGAAAACCGUCCAAUCCGCUCCACAUAGUUACAUUGCCAAGUUCAACUUGUUCAAUAGUACAUAUCAGCUCUACACCCACAGCUACCUUGGAAAUGGACUGUACGCAGCUCGAUUGGCAACUCUUGGAGCAUUGGGAGCUGAUGGUCUGGAGUGGAAAGUCUUCACCAGUUCCUGUCUCCCAAAGAAGUUUAGAGAAGAUGUGACUUUUGGUGGAACCACCUACCAUGUCAGUGGAGUUCCAGACGGUUACGCGGGCUACAAGCUGUGCUACUACGAGGUCAUGAAGGUCAUCAAAGGAAUCGUGCAUCAGCCUUACGAGGUGAAAGGCAGCAGCGUGUUCUAUGCUUUUUCCUACUACUUCGACAGAGCUGUGGAAUCCGGCCUCAUCGACAGCAACCGAGGCGGUGCAAUUGAAGUGAGGGAUUUUAAGAAGCGGGCCAAAGAGGUGUGCAACAAAAUGACCAAAUACCGUGCCAUCAGCCCCUUCCUCUGUAUGGACAUGACAUACAUCACUUGUUUGCUCAAAGAGGGCUUCGGCUUCAAGGACAACACUGUCCUCCAGCUGGCCAAAAAGGUGAACAACGUGGAGACCAGUUGGGCUUUGGGCGCCACCUUCGACUACUUCAGGAACCUCAACAUUCACUGA